UCGAAGAUACCAAUUCAAGAUGCGAUCCCAGCUGGCUUUCUUCCUUGGCUUAGUGGUCCUCAUCGCGACUGGCGAGGUAGCUGCCCAGACCCCUCCUGCCUCGAGCUCUCCAGCAAGUCCUUCGACCCCACCUUCUUCCUCGCCAGCAUCUCCCUCCACCCCAACUACAUCCCCCGGCUCUUCAACCUCUCCCACUACCACACCCUCCUCCGCCUCCUCCGACGCAACAACCACUGCCUCAAGCACAGCGGACACUACCACCGCUGCGCCCACUACAGUGGCUCCCGCCACCACCAAGUCUUCCGGCACGAAGAAAAAGACCGUCACGCAUUAUAAGCGCAAGGUUAAGAGGCCAGCCAGGGUCCGCAAGAUCCACCACAAACGUGGAGGCGCACAAAGGGAUCGCAGGCGCAGGAAUCGUUCUACCAGGAAUUAAGGCUAAGGCUAAGCAUAAUGGAAUUUUACACUCGCACCACAAAGG